CUUCCGUGAGAUAGAGGAGUCCUGAUGCCUUACGACUUUGUUCAAGCAUUCCGUGAGAUAGAGGAAUCCUGAUGCCUUACGGCUUUGUUCAAGAAUGAAGACUUAGUCCAACAGGCCUGCAGUCCAAAAUUUCUUAUGCCUAUUUUGCCUAAUUUAUUCCAUGGCUGCAAUUUGAAAAAUUGAAAGAUGUCACCUCUUUUCGGGUGAAGAGAAUAUAUUAGUGUGCCAAUACAAGUAUAACCAUGGAAGUUAUGCGGUCUCUUAAAUACUUGGCCACUGUGACUCUCAUCCUACUGUCAACCUUAAAUUUUGCUGUUGCUCAACCAGGAUUUAUAAGCAUUGAUUGUGGGGGGAAAACAAGCCGCAUCGUUGCAGAAAACAAUAUUAGAUGGGUGACUGAUGAUAAUUACACAGAGGACGGGUACAGCGUACAAUUAAACGACACUUCCCUGCCAUUUUACCUGCAAAGCUACCGAGUAUUUCCCAAGCCUCUCAACAAAUCUUGCUACCACUUGCCCGUGCCUCCAAAUUUGCCCUUCUUAUUGAGAUUAUCCUUUGUUAGUGGUAAUUACAGCAAUCAAAUACCAGACUUCAAAUACACUAUCGAGACGCAGGAUAUGUUAGCUCUCAGGAACAUAACAAAUCAAAUUAAAGCGCCAAUAUUCCAAGAGAUGAUCUUGGUGAGUGGAGGUGGAGUGUUGCAUGUUUGCUUGAUUCGAACAUCGGAGGAUGUUGAUCCAUUUAUAACUUCUAUAGAACUGAGAAACCUUCAACAAGGCAUGUAUGAACAAGUUAGCGCAGGCAAAAUGUUGUAUUUUGGAAUGAGAAUCAAUGCUGGCGCAGAGGACGUUGUGAGGUUUCCUGAAGACCCAUUCGAUCGCCUGUGGGUUCCUCUAAGCAACAUUAAAGGGGCUGAGAAAUUAACAUUGAAGGAGCAAAUUUUUACAAACAACACCGCAAACCUUAUUCCAACUAUUGUAAUGCAGACGGCGAUAUCCACCGAGGAGGACACCAUAGAAAUACAAUUUAGUCGAAAUGUAUCAAAUUCUUCAUGGCUAAUGUAUUUUGCAGAACUAGAACCGUCUGAAUCAAGAAUUUUCACUGUUUUAAUUGAUAACCAGAUUCAAAAGGGGCCCAUUAAAUUCGAAAGAAAUUAUUCUGCGACUGAGCUCGAUUUUGAAUUAAAGGAAGAGACAUCCUCUUUCACGCUGGUGAAAGCCUUCAACUCCACUCGCGGUCCUCUAAUCAACGCUUUCGAGAUGUACCAGAUUGUUUCCACUUCACCUGCAACCUCCUCAACUGAUGUUGAGGCUCUUAGUGACCUGAAUGAAACGUCUCAUCUGAAAAGUUGGAUUUCCGAUCCUUGCUUUGCUGUUCCGUGGGAAGGAAUCCGCUGUAAUAACACCUCCAACAACAUUGUAAGGGUUUCUGAAAUAAACUUGUCACGAAGGAAUUUGAGAGGAAUGAUACCACCAACUCUUUCACAGUUAACCGAACUUAUUCACAUGUCGCUAGACAACAACUACCUUACGGGACAGCUGCCAGAUUUAUCUAACUUAACAAAGUUACAAACACUAUAUAUACAAAAUAACAAUCUGAGUGGCGAAAUUCCCAACUGGAUAUUUCAAUUGCAUAAUCUGAAGGAGUUAUCUAUAGAGAACAAUGAUUUCAGUGGCGUAAUUCCUAAGCAACUUCUCACAAAGCCUUCCUUAAAUUUCCAAUAUGGCGGCAACAAGAACCUUUGUACAAAAAAGGAGGAUUGCACCUCAAAGAGCCACACGAUGGGAGUCGUCCUUGGAGUUUCCCUUCCAAUAAUAUUCAUUUUAACUUUCUUAUUGGUUAUCAUGCUGUAUCGAAAGAAAUACUUGACUUUCCUUACGCACCGCACCAUUUCACAGAAAGCAGAUUUCUCAAUGGUUUUGGUCCCAAAUUCAUCGAAAUCUUGUUCGUACACUCUGGAGGAGAUGGUAACAGCUACAGAAAACUUUAGCCAUAAAAUUGGACAAGGCGGUUUUGGUUUGGUCUUCUUAGGGACACUGAAACAAGGAAAGCAAAUAGCGGUGAAAGUGAUGUCCCUCUUCUCCAAACAAGGAGUUGCGCAGUUUUUAAAUGAAGUUGAACUUCUAUCAAGAAUCCAUCACAGGAAUUUGGUGUCUUUACUCGGCUACUGUAACGAAACAAGGGAUCUCAUGCUUGUCUAUGAGUACAUGAGUGGAGGCUCGCUUAGCGACAACAUUUACGAUGAAGAGAAAAACUCCAAAUUAACCUGGAGAAUCAAGCUCAAAAUAGCCUUGGAUGCAGCACAGGGACUGGAAUACCUGCACUUAGGUUGUACCCCAAAAAUAAUUCACAGGGAUGUAAAGACGGCUAAUAUUCUACUGGAUGCCAAUUUCAAUGGUAAACUUGCUGACUUCGGUCUUUCAAGGGUUUCAAUUGAUGGGGAGGCUUCGCAUGUGACUACCACUGUGAAGGGAACUGCGGGGUACUUAGAUCCAAAGUAUUAUAGCACACAAAUGUUGACUGAAAAGAGUGACGUAUAUAGCUUUGGAGUGGUUUUGUUAGAGAUAAUAUGUGGCAGACGACCUAUAGAUCUCAAACUUUCUCAAGAUAAAAUUCUUCUCAUUGAUUGGGUUACACCAUAUGUGCACUUGAAUAAUGAGAUGGAGGAAGUAACGGAAAUAGUAGACAAAAACUUUGAUGGCAAGUACAACGUUGAGUCAAUAAAGCAUAUGGUCAAACUAGGCAUUAGAUGUGUUGCAGGUGAACUAUCUUUCAGGCCUACUAUGACUGAGGUUGUGGGUGAGAUAAAAGAGGCACUCAAAUUUGAGGAAGAGAAUAAUGAAGAGAUUGUUGCAAUUGUAGGGCAUAGAGACACCCAUUCUAACUUAGGCCUAAAAAACUACAGCUAUAUGGAAGAGGAGACAAGUAGUGAUAUAGAAUAGUACACAUUCAAGUGAUGGAAUCAGCAUGACUAUGAUCAUCAAUAAUGAAUUUUUUAAAAAGGUUGAGAAGGAGCACAAUUUAAGUGUUCACAUAUAACCUAUUUCUAUAAUUCCAAGUCCUUUUUCCCAAUUAUGUAGAGGGCAACCUUCAUAAUUCUUGUUUCUAGUAUCUAUUCAAGAUAAUAAAUGCAAUCAUAUGCUUGGUGUGUA